AUGGCAGAUGCACAUGCUAUUUUUGCUCAGGAUCAAGGUACAUCACUUAAUCUUGAGUAUGCAUGGCGAUUAUUAAAAGAUGAAGUUAAACGGCGCAUCAUCGAAGAAUCGAUUGGAAGUUCUGCAAAAAUAACAAAGACUUAUGCUAGUGGGGCAUCAUCGGAGAACCCAAAUACAACUUCAAGUUAUGAGUUUAACUCAUCAUCACCAAUGGAGCGUCCAAUGGGACAAAAAGCAGCAAAAAGGAAGGGUAAGGCAUCAGAAAUUCCAAAUGCAACGCAAGAUGCAAAGAAUAAAAGAGCAAUAACAAUGGACAGACUUGCGCAAGCUAAGGAGGACGAGCUAGAAUUAAGGGUAGUCCAAGUGAUGAUGAAAGACACUUCUACUAUGAAUGAUAGUCAAUGA